AUGGCAGAGGACCAAACAGCGACAUAUUAUCAACUGAAAAACAGCUCAGUGUGUCUGAAUGUUAAGAAAUUGCCAGAAUAUGAAUGUGUCGAAUGGAAGUUUAACAAGACAAUUAUUGCUGAUGAUAGAAAAAUCAAUCCAAAAUACAAAGACAGAGUGGUUUAUAGUGCUGGGAACCUCUCCCUGUGUAUUAAUAACCUGGCUGAUACAGAUGCUGGGAUAUAUGAAGUCUCAUACCGCCAAAACUUUAUUACAAUGUCAGAGAAACAUCAAGUCAUUGUUCAAGAUGUGGUUCCCAGACCUGUCAUUAUAAUGUCAAAGCUUAGCUCCAACCAGUCUGCUGGACUCACAGUAAUCUGCUCCAUCCAGGAUUAUUGGCUUUGGUCUGUUUGUGAUGAAGACAGCUGCAGAACAUCUCAGAAAUCAUUCAGUGAGGUCAACAUCACCAUCUUCACUGAGAACAGAGCUGUGGUCUGUAGAUGCAACAACCACAAAUAAAGCUUCUGAAAGCUUAACACUGUGUUUUAAAUCUAAUAAAGAUGAAGAGAAAUCACAACAACUCAUACU